CUAGCGUAAAAUAUCACUUUACGCGUCCAAACGUCGUCUCCUUCAGUUUCUUGAGAUCAUUUUCAUAACCACAGAAAAAUCACCAAUUUUUUACUUCUACAAAUUCAAAAGACUUACAAUGUCAACGUCACUAGAAAAAGAGCUCUCAAAUCCCCCUCACGAAAUUCCCUCUACAAAAGAAUCAACGGAACAAACAUCAAAUCCAACUUCUACUUCCAAAAGACAUGAAGAAUAUCAAUAUUUAGACUUAAUCCGCGAGAUUUUAGAAACAGGUGAACAUCGUCCUGAUCGGUAAAUCUACCUUUUAUUUAUCUCUACUCCUGUCGCAAAAACCACAUAACUAAGGACAAAACAAAUAGAACAGGAACUGGUACCAUCUCCCUCUUCGCCCCCGCCCCUCUAAAAUUCUCCCUCACAUCCCCAACCGGAACUCCAAUCCUCCCACUUCUCACAACAAAACGGGUAUUCCUACGAGCCGUACUAACAGAACUCCUUUGGUUUAUCUCUGGCUCUACCUCAUCCCUUCCUCUCUCUGCAGCCGGUAUAAAAAUCUGGGAUGGAAAUGGAUCCCGCGCAUAUCUAGAUUCGAUUGGUCUAUCUCAUCGAGCCGAAGGAGAUUUAGGUCCUGUAUAUGGAUUUCAAUGGCGACAUUUCGGCGCUAAAUAUAUUGAUGCCGAAACGGAUUAUACAGGACAAGGUGUUGAUCAAUUAGCGGAAAUUGUAUGGAAGCUUAAGAAUAAUCCAUGGGAUAGGAGGAUUAUUCUAAGUGCAUGGAAUGUGGCAGAUAUUAAGUUGAUGGCGUUACCACCUUGUCAUAUGUUUGCACAAUUUUAUGUUUCUUUUCCGAAAACCCCAGAGGCAAAUACAAACCCCGGAUCAAAACCUAAAGGCGUUCUUCAUUGUCAGCUUUACCAACGUUCUUGCGAUAUGGGUCUCGGGGUUCCUUUUAAUAUCGCUUCUUACGCCCUUUUAACUCAUAUUCUUGCUCAUGCAUGCGAUCUUACUCCUGGUACAUUUACUCAUACUAUGGGAGAUGCACAUGUUUAUGUUAAUCAUGUUGAUGCGUUGAAGAUACAACUUGAGCGAGAACCUAGAGAUUUUCCUGAGUUAGGAAUUUUGAGAGAGGAUAAGGGUGGUGGUGUUGUGGAUGGAUGGAAGGGAGAAGAAUUUGAAAUUAGGGGAUAUAAACCGCAUGGGAAGAUCGAUAUGAAGAUGAGUGUUUAGGGUGUAGGAAUAGAGCUUGGAAUAGGAGGGGACAAAAGGGAUAGGGAAGAAUGUAUAUACAUAUUAAAUGGGUAUGAGUUAUCGAGUUAUGGUAUUGACGUUGGUAUGAUUAUGCACGAAGCUAUUUCACAACGUUGGAUAUUCAAUCCCAUAAUAUAAAUAAAGAAU